AUGAGAUUUAAAGAUCAUAUUCCAGAGGACCGAGAUUAUGAGAAGGAAGACAGUUCCUCAGAUGGCGAUGUGGACGCAAUAACAGAAACUCACCUUUUCAAGAUGAUCGAGAAAGUAAUGUCGAAAAAUCUUUCCAGAGAGGAAAAGAUGGAAAGGUUGCAUCGAGCCGCUGGGGCUCCUUUCAAACUGAAUAUCAGAGAAUUCUGGUCGCCAAUGAAUUUUCAGGUUCAAAAGAUGCCAGAAUUCGACGAGAAAACAGAUGAUCCAUAUCAGCAUGUUUUACACUACGAAACUGCCAUGACUCUGUGGCAGUUCAACAAUGAGUUGAUGUGCAAGAUGUUUCCUCAGUCACUGAUUGGAGGAGCAAUAACGUGGUUCAAUCAGCUCCUGGCACAGUCAAUCGGUACUUACCAUGAGCUGGUUGGAUCAUUCUGCUCUCAAUACAAGUACAACAAACGGGAUCGGAAGGGAUGCCACGCAUUGUUCCUUCUAGGAACUCGGAAGGAGGAAAGCAUCAGACAGUUCACUCGACGCUUCAAGCAAGAGUUGGCCGAUGUGGAUGGAGCCAACGAUCAAGUUGUCAUUACAGCCUACAAACAGGCAUACCAACAUGAUCAAAGAGGUGUGUACGGUUCCUUGGUCAAGAGACCACCAAAUACUUUGGAAGAACUAUAUGAUCGAGCAGAAGAAUACGCUCGAGUGGAGGAUGAUUCUAAAGCUCAAGAAGAAGUUAACAGAUCAUCCAAUCAUCCAAAUGAUGGGAAAAAAUACAAGUCAAAGAAUCGUUCGAGUGGACAACAUAACGAUCGAGGUGAAGUUCGAGAGAAAAACCAGGGGGAACGAAUGGAAACUGGAUAUCAGAAAUAUCAUGAUAUGAAGAUGACACCAUUGAACAUAUGGCUUACAGAGUUGUAUGAGAAAAUAAGCAAGGAUAUCGAGGUCCAGCGAAUGAUAGAUGUUGGAAAGCUACGAGAGUACAUGAAAAAGGAUUUCGUGAAAGGUCCUGGAAAUGUAAAUGGAGCAGAAAUUCGGGAGCUUGGGUGCACAAAUAUCGAGUUCUCUGAAACAUACAUGAUAGGUGUAUAUGCUCCACACAAUGAUGCUAUCGUUAUAACUGCUUGGAUUGGCCUGUUUCGUGUACACCAGAUUCUAGUGGAUACAGGAAGCUCAGGGAGCGUGCUGUUUUCAGGAGCUUAUUCCUCUAUGAAUCUCCCACAUGACUUGAUCGAGGAGGAUGGAAAUCCAAUUAUCGGUUUCAGUGGCGAAGUUACAAAAACGAUUGGAAAAGUGAAGAUACCUAUAACAGUGGAUGACAAGUCCGUUUUAGGCAAUUUCUUAGUGCUUGAUUGUCAAGAUCCCUACAAUGCGAUUGUAGGACGAGACUGGCUGCAUGAGAUCGGUGCAGUCACAUCAUCAUAUCAUCAAUGUUUGAAGUUUAUUGCCCCUGAAGGAGUCGUGAAAGUUAGGAGUGACCAUAUGGCCUCCCACAAGUGUCACGAGAGUGUUACAGAUGAGUACAAGAAGUCAGAAGUUAGCGGGAACCAAAUCAUGCGAGUCGAUCAUAAAUAA